UCUGUCAAACGUUCGCUGACGUAAAAUUUUUCCACUGCAUAAAAUCUUUGUUUUCACGACGAGAAAUCUCAGACGUCCGCAGUUUAAGCCUCAAAGGCAGCGCGUAGCGCGUGAUGUGAUAGUGGCACCUAUGUCGGACAUGGAGGGCAAAGGCCAGGAGGCCAUGACCGAUCAGAGGAGAUCAUUUUUCUAUCCAGACAGUAGCAGCGAUACCGAGGAGUACAGAAGGGAUAACGAGGAUAGGAGAAAGAGGUUGUCUAAGAGGAAUAUGCCUCCUAUGAGGGCGCGUUUGUCUUCUGCGAGCAUGCCUCCUAAGAAUCAAGCUAAUACUCCGCUUCCUUCGACGUCGUCAGCACAAGAUGCGCCCAGGAAUGGAAAGCAGUUGUGUGAAGACAGGAUUACGUUGGUUGUAGACAAUACUAGGUUCGUGGUGGACCCAGCGCAGUUCACAGCACAUCCAAAUACGAUGCUUGGCAGGAUGUUCAGUUCAGGUCUUGAAUUUACACAUCCAAAUGAGCGAGGAGAGUAUGAGGUGGCUGAAGGCAUUUCAGCAACGGUGUUCCGAGCCAUUCUCGAGUACUACAGAGGUGGAGCCAUUCGGUGCCCACCGGCAGUCUCCGUUCAGGAGCUGAGAGAGGCCUGUGACUAUCUACUUGUGCCGUUCGAUGCAGAUACAGUGAGAUGCCAGAAUCUCCGAGGCCUUCUCCACGAGCUAUCCAACGAGGGAGCGCGCCGUCAGUUCGAGAACUUUUUGGAACGUCUCAUCCUGCCGCUGAUGGUGCAAUCAGCCCGCCGUGGCGACCGGGAGUGCCAUGCUGUAGUGCUACUGGAUGAUGAUGCGGUAGAAUGGGAUGAGCAGUAUCCCCAAAUGGGGGAUGAAUACAGUCAGACUGUACUGUCCACACCGCUUUACAGGUUCUUCAAGUAUAUCGAGAACAGAGAUGUCGCAAAGCAAGUGAUGAAGGAACGAGGGCUCAAAAAGAUUCGUCUCGGCGUGGAGGGGUACCCGACUUACAAAGAAAAAGUCCGCAAAAGGCCCGGAGGCCGAGCCGAAGUGAUCUACAACUACGUCCAACGCCCGUUCAUCCACAUGUCCUGGGAGAAGGAGGAAGCCAAGAGCCGCCACGUGGACUUCCAGUGCUUCAAGUCCAAGAGCGUCACCAACCUCGCCGAGGCCACGGCCGACCCUGUCAUGGAGCUGGAGAACAGGGUUAGAGAGCUGGAGGUGGAAGUUCAGCCGGAGCCCCCAGCGGAGCUCCCAGCCGAAGAGGAGCCGGCGGUGUGACCCCCUCGCGCCGCGCUGGCUCUACUCGCUAGCUUCUGUUGGUACCACGCCUGACACACCACUAUACCCCGUUACACCACAGUUAUACAGCCGUAUACCACUAUUACCCCUGUUAUACCACGGUAUACUACUGUUAUACAGCGACAUACCGGCAUUACACUGCGGUAUACCAUCGUUAUACAACGGUAUAACACUAUUAUACCGCGGUAUAACGCUUCUAUACUACAGAAUACCAGGUAUAUGCCGUGUAUACCACUUCUAUACAGCGUUAUGCCAGAUUAUAUCGCGUAUAUCACUCUUAUACCAUGGAGAAUAUUAGUAGAUUGGCUGAUCAGAGUCAUUUGCUGCAGAUACUAGCAUAAACUUACUCCUAGCUUCUGUUGGUACCACGCCUGACACACCACUGUACCACGUUACACCGCGGUAUACCACUGUUAUACAGCCGUAUAGUAAUAUCAUACCGCGAUAUACAGGCAUUACACCUCGGUAUACC